ACAGAACUUUCAUUGAUGCCUUCUCAUCUCCUUGCGGUGACUGGGAGCAGUUCAAGGACGAACACUGCUACAAACUGUUUGACGGUUUAGUGUCGUACAGUGAUGGAGAAAAGAUAUGCCAGACAAACAAUGCAACUUUAGUUUCGAUUCACUACGCAGAAGAACAGAACUUCCUCGCCCACUACAUUUUCACUAAAAAGAAGACAGUGGACAACGUGUGGAUUGGCGCCAAAUACGAUAAAGACGGCAAAACCUUCUACUGGGUGGAUCGUACCACUUUAAGCACCAAAAGUAGCUUUAGCAACUGGGCAUUGGGCAAUCCAAAAAACCUGACCGACUACUGCGUUCAAAUGCACUCUGAUGUCGGCUCAGUGG